CUGACGUAUUUACGUAAUCACACGGAUCAAGUGGCAGCCGUGUCCACCAAAUCUAUCGUUUAUUUUGGCGAUGAUGAUAAUUCGUAUGAUAUUCGAUUGUUUAACAAUUACAUAAGAAAUGUGCGGAAAGUUGGAAUAUGGGCCGUUGGUUUGGCUGGCGGAACACUGGUUGAGUCGCCGGCAGUUGUUAAUAGGACGGUGGUAGGAUGGAAUGUGUUAUGGAAUAAGAAACGGAAAUUUGCCACCGAUAUGGCUGGAUUUGCCGUGGCGCUUGAUGUCAUACUCAAUUCAACAGCUGUGUUCGGGAAAUCGUGCAAACGUGGGUUGGGCGCACCUGAAACUUGUUUCCUUGAAGAUCUCGGCAUUCAAAUAUCUGAUCUUGAGCCAUUCGGCUUCGAACAGAGGGAGCGUGAAAUCCUGGUCUGGCACACCAAAACUGUCAAAGUGGCCGACAACAAAAGGGUUGCUAAUACCAAUGGUUUUUUUGUCGAGUGA